AUGGGUUCCGGCAUCCUGACCGUCGCCCUGCCCACCAUAGCCGCCGACAUAUCCCUCUCCGAGAGACUGCUGCUGUGGCCCGCAUCCAUCUACGCGCUCGCGGCCGGCUGCACGUUGCUAGUCUUCGGCUCCAUGGCGGAAGUGGUGGGCGGGAAGAAGAUGUGGCUGACGGGAACGGGGUUGUAUAUCGUUUCCACGCUCGCGUGCGGGUUGUGCAGGACGGGGAUCCGGCUCAUUGUUUUUCGGACACUGUUGGGCGUUUCCAUCAGCAUGUGCCUGCCCGCUGCGGUGGGUAUCACCACGAAAGCGUUUGAUCAGGGUACGAGGAGGAAUACUUCUUUCGCGUGUCAGGGUGUGGGCCAGCCUCUUGGUUACGCUUUGGGUUUGAUAUUUGGCGGUGUCUUUGCCGACACGGUCGGUUGGCGCUGGGGGUAUUAUAUGAGCGCCAUCAUCAUUUUCUUCUCAUUCCUCGCCGCGUUCUGGGAUCUACCGCCGGAUGAGCAAAAGGACGUGUCGUGGAAGCGGCUAGGUGGCGAAAUUAACUAG